AAAGUUGCCUCCGCUCGGGACUCCAGUUUUCUUCCGGCCGCACAGAGGAGAUGAGGCGGAAGGAGAAGCGGCUGCUGCAGGUCGCCGGGCUGCUCGUGGCGGCGCUCCUGUUCCUGCCCAACGUCGGGCUCUGGUCCCUCUACCGGGACCGGGUGUUCGAGAACUCGCCCGACGCGGCGGACGGCGGUCCGGGCGGCGCCGUCCUCCGGACGCAGGGGUCGAACCAGGCGAGGAAGGUCGCCCACGUGGGACCGGACGGCGUGCGGCGGACGGACUGGCACGACUACGAAGCGAUGAGGAGAGACGCCGCUCGCUCAGGUAACGGUGAGCAGGGGAAACCGUUUCCUCUGUCGGAAAGUGACCGGGCGGACCAGGCCUACAGGGAGAACGGCUUCAACAUCUACAUCAGCAACCAGAUCUCCCUCAAUCGCUCCGUCCCCGACAUCCGGCACGCAAACUGCAAACGGAAGCUGUACGCGGAGAAGCUGCCCAACACCAGCAUCAUCAUCCCGUUCCACAACGAGGGCUGGUCCUCGCUGCUGAGGACCGUCCACAGCGUGCUCAACCGCUCGCCGCCGCAGCUCCUCGCCGAGGUCAUCCUGGUCGACGACUUCAGCGACAAAGAGCACCUGAAGGGGGCCCUGGAGGAGUACAUGACGCGGAUGCCGAAGGUUCGCGUCCUGAGGACCAGGAAGAGGGAGGGGCUCAUCAGGACGCGCCUGCUGGGGGCCGCCGCCGCCAAAGGGGAAGUCAUCACCUUCCUGGACUCCCACUGUGAGGCCAACGCCAACUGGCUGCCUCCGCUGCUGGGUGAGCGACGCCAAAACCGCCCGCCCACAACUUCGGCAUUGCCCGCAUCAGCCGUACAUCCGUUAGACCGCAUCGCCCAGAACAGGAAGACCAUCGUGUGUCCGAUGAUCGACGUGAUCGACCACGACAACUUCGGCUACGACACGCAGGCGGGGGACGCCAUGCGGGGGGCGUUCGACUGGGAGAUGUACUACAAGCGGAUACCCAUCCCUCCGGAGCUGCAGAGCGACGACCCCAGCGAGCCUUUCGAGUCCCCCGUGAUGGCAGGUGGACUUUUUGCUAUAGACAGGAAGUGGUUCUGGGAGCUCGGAGGAUACGACACGGGUCUGGAGAUCUGGGGAGGAGAACAGUACGAGAUCUCCUUCAAGGUGUGGAUGUGUGGCGGCCGCAUGGAGGACAUCCCCUGCUCCCGGGUAGGACACAUCUACAGGAAGUACGUCCCCUACAAAGUCCCCGGUGGGAUCAGCUUGGCGAAGAACCUCAAACGCGUGGCGGAGGUGUGGAUGGACGAAUACGGGGAAUACGUGUACCAGCGUCGGCCGGAGUACCGCCACCUGUCGGCGGGAGACAUGACGGCCCAGAAGGAGCUGAGGAACCGGCUCAACUGCAAGACCUUCAAGUGGUUCAUGAGCGAGGUGGCCUGGGAUUUACCCAAACACUACCCGAUGGUGGAGCCUCCUGCCGCCGCCUGGGGGGAGAUCCGGAACGUGGGCAGCGGCAUGUGCAUGGAGAUCAAACACUUUGUGUCGGGGAGCCCCGUCCGCCUGGAGAGCUGCGUGAAAGGCCGCGGGGAGGUGGCCUGGAGUCACGGACAGGUGUUGACGUUCGGGUGGAGGGAGGACAUCCGGGUGGGCGACCCCGUUCACACGAGGAAGGUCUGCUUCGACGCCGUGUCCCACAGCAGCCCCGUCACCCUGUACGACUGCCACGGCAUGAGGGGCAACCAGCUGUGGCGCUACAGAGAGGACAAAAGCCUGUAUCACCCCGUCAGCAACAGCUGCAUCGACAGCAGCCCCAGCGAGCGCCGCGUCUUCAUGAACACCUGCGACGCCUCUUCCCUCAGUCAGCAGUGGAUGUUCGAGCGGACCAACGCCACCGUGCUGGAGCUCUUCAACAGGGCCGCUAACUGAGGCCCUCGGGGGGGUUGGGGGGGGGAGGGCGCGCUGGGACGAGGCGUCCUCUGCAGAAGAAGGCCGCGAGGCGACGGCUCCCGUCCGAUCAGGUGACGGAGCUCCUUCGCCCCGGACCGACGCGGCGCUCUCAUCCGGGUCGAGGAAAAUGACGACGUCGUCUCUCUUUACUGUCGGACAGAUGUUAAUGGAGGCUACGCGCCGCGUGGACGACGCGCCGCUGCAGAUCCGGGCGUGCCGGCUGAGCGCCCGCCAGCGGGUCGAUCGCGCAGCACGAGCUCGUGAUGAGGAUGGAGGCGGGAGAACCGCGGCGAGGCAACGCGGCAACGCGGCGCUCCUGCAGACUGAAGUCCGCACCCUUUAAUUGUUUCCAAGAGACCGAAACACAAACUGUGCCGGACGCGAGGGAUCGUCUAUUCUUCUGCCUCGUCCAUUUUAACCGUUGCCUUAAUUCCAGACGUGGGAAGUUUCUUGCUACAUUUUCCUCCGGAGGAUCAAAACCGCAUGUGAGGACACAUGUGGGACUUUUGCAAACCGAAACUCUAAGGAAAUCCGAACAAGUUGAAACUAUUAUUCCUGCAGUGUGCAGAUGAACUCUUUUCCCCUCGUACAGACUCUUACAUUCAAGGUGCAACUGUUUUUGUGUGUCACUUUUUUUUACUGGAUAAUCAUGCAAGAAAUGGUGUCAAUUUCUACUAUUUAUCCAAUUUAAAUCCUUACAAAUUACUACAGCAACUGUUUCCCAUCACUUUGCCGUCAUGGUUCACUCUCUCUGCUGAGUUUAUCUGCCAUGUAAUCACAGCUCAGGUGCUCGAGCAGUGAGGAGAAGCCUGCAACAAUCUACCCGCUGAUUGUUGAUUAGUAACCGGGGAACUACGCGCUACAGCUUCACAGAAGAAAGAGAGGAUACCGGGGGGACGAGGGGGGGGGUUUCAACCAGAUAAUGUUGUAUGCUCUUUAAUGAUUGCCACUAAGAUGUUUUCUCGGUGUUCAUUAUUUGGUCUCCGGUCGCUGACCAAUCACCAUUAUUUUGGCUUUGCUAAUCGUCUUUGCAGAGAUUUAGAAAGCGUUCGCAAAAUGAUUUGACCUCACGGAUCCUCGACUCCUGUAAACGAGCCAAAAUGUUUCAAUGCAUUUCUGAUUAAAACCCCGGGGGACGCAAACUCAUCAUCCACCUUUGCCACAGAGAUUGAAUUCCACAAGUAGUUUUCUCACUAAACAUCUCAAUAUAUUGUGAUUGCAAGUAAAAAAAAAAGCUGCUAAAUCUGAAAUAAACAAAAGUGAACCAAAAGAACCUUCCCUGAGUUGGUUAACGCUGAAUAAAAACUUCAUCAUUUUUAAAUAUGUUUCAAAAAUGGACCCAUCAAUGACAACAUAUAACACUAUAACGCACAUGUAUUUGGUUUGUAAUCUGGCCACAUUAUUGUCAGUGCUUCAUAUUGCAAAUUUACUGAAUCCAAAGUCCCUGCUUAUUAUCAGACAGUAUGUGACAGUAAAGACCAGGCGGCUUUAGUCAUGAGUGAGACACGAGAAACAUCAACACAAAGAGGAACGUCUCCACUACAAAUUGUCAUAGUUUUCAGUUUCAGCAGUUUUUGCUAAAAUACACAUUUCUGCAAUUUUGUAUUGAAGCACUGUUGAUAAAAAGGAAAAGUCUGCCGGCUUCGUAUGUUUUAAUGGUCACUAAUAUAAACUAUUAAUAAAAACCAACAUGUCUGAAAUCACAUUUAUUAAUAAUGUGAUACAAUAAAUGUAUGAUUAAAGGAAGUAUGAAGUUAUGUUGGAAGCAGCGUGGCCUUCAAGUGAAAUGACUUUGACGUGACGUUUCCAUUAAACUGAAUUUUUCCCUCCA